ACAAAAAAUCUUUGCAGAAAUUCAAUCACAAUUGGAAUCAAGGAAAAGUUUCCCGAAAAUGUUUUUUAUUAUUAAUUCUUUAUAUAUUCGAUGCAUGCACAUGUUUAUAAAAUUGUUAUUUUGAAUUUUAUUGAUUUUUAUUAAAAACAGAAUUAGCGAUGAGUAUAAUUAAUUGUAGUCGAUGUAAAACGGCAAGGGCCAAUGUCAAACGUUCGAAAACGAUCGAUUGUUUAUGUAAAGAAUGUUUUUUUUAUUGUUUCGAAACGGAAAUUCAUGAGACUAUUAUUCGUGGAAAAUUAUUUCAUCGUGGUGAAAAAGUAGCAAUAGCUGCUUCGGGUGGAAAAGAUUCCACAGUAUUAGCAUAUAUUGUGAAAUUGCUCAACGAUCGUCAUGAUUAUGGUCUUGAUUUAUUUCUUCUGUCGAUUGAUGAAGGUAUUACGGGUUAUCGUGAUGAUUCCCUCGAUACAGUCAAACAAAAUCAAAUUGAUUAUGGUAUACCGUUGAAAAUACUAAGCUAUCGAGAUUUAUAUGGCUGGACAAUGGAUGAAAUCGUACGAGCUACCGGAGUAAAAAAUAACUGUACAUUUUGUGGUGUAUUUCGUCGCCAAGCUUUGGAUCGUGGAGCUAUGUUAUUAAAGUGUGAUACAAUCGUUACUGGACAUAAUGCCGAUGAUUUAGCCGAAACAAUACUAAUGAACAUUCUUCGUGGUGAUAUAGCUCGAUUAGGACGUUCAGCACGUAUAAUUACAGAUGUCACUGAUGAAACUGAAACCGGUUGGUGUAUAAGACGUGCUAAACCAUUCAAAUAUACAUAUGAAAAAGAGAUUGUUCUCUAUGCACGUUUUAAACAAUUGAAAUAUUUUAGUACCGAAUGUAUCUAUUCACCUAUGGCAUAUCGUGGCUAUGCACGUGAACAUUUAAAACAAUUGGAAAAAAUUCGUCCAUCCGUCAUAUUGGAUAUUAUAAAAUCUGGCGAAUGUUUUGAUGUCAGAAAUUCAAUCACUAGAAAUAAUACGGACAUUACGAAUCGUUUGAAAUCCAAAGGAAUCUGUCAACGUUGUGGAUACAUUUCUAGCCAGGAUAUUUGUAAAGCAUGUAUUCUAUUGGAAGGUUUGAAUUCUGGACGACCACGAUUAGGGAUCAGUAAAACAAGUAAAAUUGAAAAAGCUACCAAAAAUUAUUCAUGUGAUAAUUCUUCCAAAUUGAAUUGUAUUUGUCAAGAUUCAUUGACAAAAAACGAUGGUGAUUAAAUUUUUAUUUAAUUGUGAAAAUUGUCAA